AUGGUUGUACUUAAUUUCUGGUUUCCUAAGUUGUAUGGAGAAGAAUCAAGUGCACAAGUUAGUAGAAUCAAAGACAUGUGUUAUGAUUUGCUCAAUGAUUAUCAACAGAUUAAACUUAGAGAUGCACAACCUACUGCUCUAUCCAUUGGUACAACUGCUAUUAUUGAUGACGAGGCUGAAUUUGAUGCAUACGUUGAGACAAUUGCCGUUGCCGAAGACUCAAGUUCAAGUGUUAAAGUUGCAGAAGAAAUUGCUACCGUGUUGAAUGAAAUGGAGUCAGACGAUGAAGCUGAGUUGAUGGAAGGUUGUUUGGGUUACCAUUUUGAAGAUUAG